CAACAGCUAUCAGGAACUUCACCAGCCGACGAGAUGUGGACUAGAGUAAAUAAACAGCGAUAACUGGAGUUUCCUGUGACUUAAAAGUCUCUCUGUUGUGCCGACAUGAGGUCAACAUGGAGGCCUUCACCUCUGCCGCUGCUGAUUCUCUUGGUGUCCAGCUGUGUGUCCGUUCAGAGCAGCAAGACCAACUUCGUCCUGAUGAUGGUGGACGACCUGGGGAUUGGAGACCUGGGCUGCUAUGGCAACACAACACUGAGGACCCCCAACAUUGACCGUUUGGCCGAGGAGGGGGUGAAGCUGACUCAGCACAUCGCGGCAGCGAGCCUUUGCGCUCCCAGCAGGGCGGCGUUUCUCACCGGGCGAUACCCGAUACGAUCAGGUGUAGCUGGUGAUCUCAGACCUGGAGUUUUUAUAUUUAACGCAGCAUCUGGAGGCCUUCCCAGCCAAGAGGUGACGUUUGCCAAGAUUGCCAAACAGCAGGGCUACAAGACAGCUCUCAUCGGAAAAUGGCACCUAGGACUCAACUGUGAGAGCAGUGAAGAUCACUGCCACCACCCGAGCAACCACGGCUUUGACUUCUUCUUCGGUAUCCCUUUAACCAACCUGCGGGACUGCCAGCCCGGACACGGCACCGUGUUCCGGAUCUAUAAAUAUUUACCGUACGAGACAGUGGCCAUCGUCCUGCUCACAGCAGCCUUCCUCCACUACAGAGGAGUGAUCACCGUCAGCAGAGGGCUGCUCGGGAUCCUGCUCUCUCUGUCGGCCGCCGCCACAUGUCUGACUGUGGGAUUCAUCAUGAUGAUCCCAUACCUCAACUGUGUUCUCAUGAGGGACCACAGGGUUGUGGAGCAGCCGUUCACAUCUGAAAACCUGACCCAGAGGAUGACUCAUGAGGCCGUGGACUUCUUGGAACGGAACUCAGCGACACCUUUCCUGCUGUUUUUCUCUUUCAUCCAAGUGCACACAGCCAUGUUUGCUUCAGCAGCAUUCAGGGGAACGAGCCGCCACGGUAUCUACGGAGACGCUGUGCACGAAGUGGACUGGAGUGUAGGUCAGAUCAUGCAGACUCUGGACAGACUGAACCUGAGAGAAAACACUCUGGUUUACCUGACCUCAGACCAGGGGGCUCACCUGGAGGAGAUCUCUGAUGGAGGAGAAGUGCACAGAGGGUCCAAUGGAAUAUAUAAAGCAGGGAAGUCCACAAACUGGGAGGGAGGAAUCCGAGUCCCGGGAAUUCUGCGGUGGCCGGGAAACAUCCCUGCCGGCAGAGAGGUGGACGAGCCCACCAGCAACAUGGACCUGUUCCCCACGGUGGUGAAGCUGAGCGGAGCCUCGGGCCCAGAGGACCGGGUGAUAGACGGUCAUGACCUCAUGGAUCUCCUUCAGGGGAGGGUAGACCGCUCCAAGCACGAGUUCCUGUUCCAUUACUGCAACGCAUACCUGAACGCGGUCAGAUGGCAUCCCCAAAACAGUAACUCCGUGUGGAAAGCCUUUUACUUCACCCCAAACUUCUACCCAGAGAACGGGACAGCCUGCUUCCACACACACGCCUGCUUCUGCACGCCGGGCUUCGUGACCUACCACGAUCCUCCGCUGCUCUUCGACCUCUCCAGGGACCAAUCAGAGAGCAGGCCGCUCACUCCCAGCACCGAGCCCGCCUUUUACUCCGUCCUGGCUGCGAUGGAGGAGGCGGCUGAGAAGCACCGGGGGUCGGUGGAGCCGGUGGAGAGCCAGAUGUCGGCGCUGAACCUGAUGUGGAAGCCCUGGCUGCAGCCGUGCUGCUCCACACUCUCACAGCUCUGCCAGUGCCAGCAGGACCAAUAGGGGAGGACUUCAGGGUUUAUACCUGCAAACACUUCCAGGAAAUUCACGUCAACUUCAACCUGACUGAUUGGAAUCAGCAAACUGAUGUGGAAAACCCUCCGUAGCUAUGAUGCUAUUGGUUUAAGUAAAGUAAACUUAUAAUUUCCCCACCCGGCCCUCAGGAAACAAAGGUCUGUUUCUGCAGUGUGGGAGCUUGUUGGGCUUUUGUUUAUUAGUUUCACUUUCAGGAUGGAUCUCCGAGCAGCCCCCUGGCUCAGUAGGAGAGUCUGCUGUGGUAAUGUGGUUACUGCGGCAAUCACAUUUCCCAAAUGAGUUUAGACGUGGGCAGAAGCACAACGCGCGAUUGUUUGCAAGUUGCAUACAUGAGAGAAUUUCCCUUCCUCUGUGGAAAAUGAUACUUUAUUCAUGUUGGUGUUAAAACUAUGAAUAUAACGCUGCUCUUCACUGCAUUUCAACAUUUCAGAGUGGUAACAUAUUGCAGGUGUGCGUGGCUGUAAUGAACUGGGCUACUUUAGCUGUUCUGUUUUCCAUUCUUCAGUGUUUAAUUACUGAAGAGGAAUUUUCCAACAAGAAUAGCUGAAACAAAAAGUAUAAAGAACACAAGCCGGGGAAUCUUUGCCCCCGGGGGGAAUCUGUAAUUUAAGGGAAGCUUUAAUUGAGCCUCAUUAUCGGAGCCAGCGGGUGGGCUUACAUAACGCAAGAGUGGAAACACUACUGGGUACAUCUGUGUGUCAGUGGCUUACUGUACAUAUGAAGGCUAUUUAAGGUGUUGAUAUUUCUUUUUAUAUGGUAAUUAUGUAUUUUUACAGUGCCUCACAGCAUCAGUUGAGUCAAUUAGUGCUGUAUAUUAUUUGAAAUGUGCCGAUACCAGAGUGUUGAUACCCUAACUGGAGUUUCAGUAACAUAAAGUAUGUUUAAAAUGAACUUUUUCUUUUGUGUGAGAUGUCUCAACUGGCAACCGGAAGCUUUAUCAGCUAAACGUAUAUUAUUUGUAUUUUGUGCCUCUACUACUGUGACAUGAUUUAAUGUUCAUAAAGUAAUUCAAUUCAGCAAUGAUUUGGUAUUCCUUACUCUACCUUGUAAGUACAAAAACAAGUCACAUGUUCUUUUGAAUCGUUGAUUUACAUUUCUUGAUAUAGGAAAAGUCAGGUAUCUUUGGUUGACAUUUACAAGACAAUGGCAUCCUGUAUAAAACUCUAUUUUACUCCUCACCAUGGGAGAAGUUUCCCACUGCAGAGUAUAGAGUCAGGAUCCUCAUGUAGUUACUUUUGUCUCUUUGGAAAUACAGUACAUGCCGCAGGACUGCCAUAUUAUUGAUGUCCGAUACCCAGCCCUGGUCUUCCUGCUGUUCCGAUAUGUUGUAGUAAAUUAAAGAAAGGUCCUAUGAAAUGUUCCGUUUCCUUUGGGGCAUUAACUGUAGAUAGUACAACAUAAUCAAUUUGCCUCGUCCCUUGUAAAUCUCUCUUCAUUGAAGCAGCGUCUCCGUCUGUCCUGAGGGUGGAGCGCCCGUCUGAAACGCUGAUGGAGAACCUGCUCAUGCACAGAAACCCAGCGGAACCGUCUGGCACUUCAAAGAUGAAGCUCCAUCCCGCAUCCCGAGGGAGCUCCCAACAUCCAUGACGGCAGAGUGGACUUCCUGUGAAGUGCUGCAAUAUCCGAUAGGUUUUCCCUUACUGCUUCGAGCUAGGUGAGUUAAAUGCCUCCUUGGAAAAUUGAUGAGGAGCUCACAUGAGGGCUUUUUAUCACGUUGAGCUGCGGAAGAAAAGGCCCACAAUGUGAUGGGAAAAUCCUGUUUUUCUUUUGCUAAAGGAGCCCUUGCUUCCAGUUUAUGUCACCACUGCACAACUCUGGAUUCUUAG